CCUCGCCGUCGCGUUCGCAAAAAUCGUGGUGAGAGAGGAAAAUUACCAGACAAAGAAAGUGCGAACAGUGCCGGGAAAAGCGGUUUCGAAUGCUGUGCAGUGCCCGAUCACGACGUGCUAGUGCGAAAAUCGACGCGAUGUGUGCAUUUAUCGACCAUCUCCGAUCGAAAUCGCCUUCCAGUUGAGAUGUAUAAAAAAUGAAUGAAGCCGAAUCGGCGGGAGGGCACCGUGGUCUAAACCAAGCCCUUCCUGCUGGGACCGAGGCUCAAGCUCUGAACAUCAGCAACACAACAGUCCAGUUUACGACUGGUUCGCACGCUGCCAACACUCCAAUGUCGCGUUCCUCCCAUGAGAUUCAGCAAAACCCGGAACAGCAGCAGCAGCAGCAGCACCAAGUGCUACAGACUUUGUCUACUGGCCAACGGCAGCCCGAGUUCCAGCAAAUGCAGCCCGCCGGAACACCGACGUCAUCGUCGCUGUCCGUUGCCUCUAGUAAAAGUUUCCCGCACCAACAGCAGCAGCUGUUGCAGCAGCAAAACCAGUCCUUAUCGCAUCCACCAGUUACGUUCGACGGCAGUGGUGGUGGUCACGGUGCCAGCACUAGCAGCGGUAGUUCUAGUGAAACGAGCCAUGUAAAUAUUCCCGCGAAUGUGUGCAGUGUUCAGCAACAGCUGCCCCAGGGCAAUGGCAAUAGAGUGACCGUAUCCGUGCCGGUCGUGUCGGGCUGCAGUGAUAGUAGUGAAGCUAACAAUGCCCUCACCGCCAGUGUUGCGUACGCUGGACGAACAGCAGGAAGUGCACCGUGUAGCGGGGUGGCGGGGAACGCCGGCCUGUCUGCGGAUAGUGGAAUAGUGCUUACGCCAGGUGUAAGUGAGGAAGCAAGUGGAAUAGGGGCAGCUGCGGCUGCGAGUACGUUUGUUGUCGGUAGUGGAAGUGGUGAAAGCAUAGCACCAGCGAGUUCUAGUUCUGUGACAGCCGGUGUUAAUACCCUAUACGUAAAGACUGGUGCCUCGGCGUUGCUUCCAUCGUCUGCGGUGGGUGCAAGUUCGGGAGGGGCCACUGGUUUUGCUGCGACUGCUGCUCCUGUUGCUGGCAGUGUGUCUCCGACAGCUUCGCGAAAACGCAUCAAGCUUGAGGUGGGCAUCGACGUCGAACAUGACAUCAGUGCGCUCAAGAAGCUCAUCCUGGAACACAAGUAUAUGCGAUUAAAGAGCAUCAAGGAUCGACAUUCGGAACAUGUAGCGGAACUGUUUUUCCUUCAAACCGGUGGUAGUAUGAUGGAAUAUCCCGUAUGGAGGAAAAAACCAGUAACGCCCGCGUUCACGAACUUCAUCCGCACGUUCAAGCUGGAGCCCUUGUCUAGCAAUCUGGAAGAGGCAGGAGAAGCACUAAAACAGCAAGCAGCAAACCGAGGAUUGGCGUCCUCGUCUGUUGGUAGCAAUAACAUUGGGGCUGCGUCACAUCACGCUCUUGUAUCGAGCGGAAAUGGCAGCAACGGCGGCAGCGCUGGCAAUUCGUCAGCAUCGACGGCGACCAGUUUCCCGCAGGGAGCGGAAAUCAAGAUACCGGGAAUCGGCGCUACACCGGUCGCCGUCUCGACAACACUGCCGGCCGCGGUGGCUCAGCUGAGCCAGCAAGGACAUGUUCCUGGCAGACCGCAGGGUGGCCGGCACGGGAUGGUUUUCGGGCAGAUUACUGUACCCUCGUCCACGAUAGGAAACUCGUCCCAGCCUCUGGUGCCAGGAGGAACACCUAUUAUCCCCGAUCCGAUCGGUAUUGGAGCUACGGGGACUACAACGACGGGUGUGGCGGGAUCAUUGGAUAGGAAAAAAUUCUCGCUGGCAGCAAGCGGCGGGACAGCUGGAGGAGGAGGUUUACCGUUAGCGGUGAAGAAUGAGUUGCUGGAUGCUAGAAGUGGUGCGGAGGGCAGCGAGUCACCCCUUAGUACCAGUGUUCACAGUGGCACGAAUGGUCCGAUUGGCAUAAGCCACGCUCGCACAGCAGCUGGCAGCAAUAGUGGCAGUAGCUCAAGAUUGUCAAGCCACCAGACCUUAAACGCCAUGUCCCAACAGAAUGGCACGAUCGGCGGAUAUGGUAACAGUGUCAGCUCGGGCUCUUCCGGAACCAGCACCAACGGCAACGGUCAGGAUCAGUACACGAACAAGGCUAAGCAAGAGGUGUACGUCAUGCAGCGGGUACAGGAGCUCCAGAAGGAAGGCCUGUGGACGGAGAGACGGUUGCCCAAGGUUCAAGAACCCCAGCGACCGAAGGCACACUGGGACUAUCUUCUGGAGGAGAUGGUAUGGCUGGCGGCCGAUUUUGCGCAGGAGCGUAAAUGGAAGAAAGCAGCAGCGAAAAAGUGUGCCCGGAUGGUGCAGAAGCACUUUGCCGAGAAGGCAAUGGCGGCGCAGCGAGCCGAGAAAGCGCAGGAGCUACAGUUGAAGCGUAUCGCAGCGUUCGUGGCAAAGGAGAUCAAGAUCUUUUGGUCGAACGUCGAGAA